AUGACGGGGGGUGCAUUCCCCAUUGCUACCCCCACAGCUCGUUUCGGCGAAACGUUCAAUCAUCUCCCCACCGUGGCCGAGUCGAUUUCGUUCACACCGCUGGUAGCGACCGUCCAGGACGAGGCGACGGCGGAGGCCCAAUUGAGGCACUUUGUGCAUCGGUUUCAACACGGGUGGACUCCGGAGGCGUCGGCCGACCUCGACCACAUCGUUGAUGGCAACGUCGAGGUGGUGGACCACCUAGGAGCUAGUGUCACUACCAGCUAUGAGCAAGUUGCUGGCGAGCCAAUCACGGGGGUACGGCGCCUCGAGGCCACAUGGAGACGUUUCUGCGACACGUUUCAUGGCUUUCACAUGGGGCUGCAGCAACUCGUGUCGCUCGAGCCGCCGCGGGAAUGGCUGCUCUUGAUCACGUUGACGUUGCAAUUGACGAAUGAGACCCUCGCGCUGCACUACCCUCAUGUGGUUCAAACGGCAAAGUCCACCGGAGGGGCCAAGGCAAUCGAGAUCGCAGCCAAGCUGACGGCGUCGCCCCUGCGCCUCGACGUCCAGUGCCACGUGUGGCUGGAUGGACAUUUCAAGAUUGUAAAAGUCCACACCGUCGUGGGGUGGGCGGCGGCUCUGUUGGCAUGUCUGGGCGACCCCGAUGAUGUCGUGUGGGUGCUGACUUCGCCUUGCCCGGUUUACAACUUUCCCCAAGGCGAGUUUUGA